UUUGUGGAAGGAAAUCGUCAGUUCUUCACAGAUAUGAGACUGCGAGACUGCCGCCUUGUGAUUGAUGGGUGUAGCUUAUAUUUUCGAUUAUAUUUCAACUCUGGAUUGGAUCAGGCACGGGGUGGUGACUACGACACGUUUGUGGUGUUGGUUCGACAAUUUUUUGCAGCACUUUCUGAAUGCAGCGUGCAGCCGUUCGUCGUGUUAGAUGGUGGAAUGGACCAGACAGACAAGAAGUUCAGGACACUACAGGAAAGAGCCCAAAGCAAGAUUCGAGAGGCUAAUGCUCUUUCCCGAGGAUCGCACGGUUGCGUUCUCCCUCUGCUUGUAUGUGAAGUCUUCAAACAGGUCCUUUCAGAGCUUGGCAUACCUUUAGUUCAAUGCAUUUCUGAAGCUGAUUUUGAAAUAGCCUCUCUUGCCAAACACUGGGGAUGUCCAGUUCUGACCAAUGACAGUGACUUCUACAUCUUCGACCUCAAAGGUGGCUACCUACCGUUUUCAUUCUUCCAAUGGAAUAACAUCAGCGGUAAGGCUACAGAGCGCUACAUCCCUGCACGCAAUUUCACCGUGAACCGCUUUUGCUCACAUUUCAACCACAUGAACAAGCAGCUCCUCCCUCUAUUUGCUGUUGUCAUCGGGAACGACUACACACCUGCUAAAAUAACUGAGGUUUUUUUCAGCCGCGUGGAAUUCGAAAGAGUACCCUCCGGUCGGAAGUAUGGACGUUCCAGUUCUCGAGUCGAGGGCUUUUUGCUCUGGCUGUCACAGUUUACCAGCCCAGGAGAUGCUCUGGACGAAGUCCUGGAGAUUUUGAGUGAACAACGGAAAGGAACCUUACGUACGCAGCUCUCAGCAGGAAUGCAGGACUACCAGCUUCCUCACAGUAGCAGUUUGGCUCAGUACUUCUCAAGUCCCCAACCUGCACUUCCAGAUGCCCAGGGGCUCCCAGCAGCACUGGUUUCUCAACCUGAAUGGCUUUUAAGGAUGGUUGCAUCAGGU